AUGAACAACAGUAAUAAGACUCCUACUCCUCGAGACGCCAUUGAUGUCGUGCAUCAUGGCCCACCCAUCCAAAUUCCACCCCAAACGACACCACCACCACCACCACCACCUAAAGGCACCAAUCGUGAGAAUAAUCUCCAAUGUGUAAAACGACGUGACACUAUUAUUACGGCGGAUGAUGGCGGUGCGGCGGCUGCCGCCAGUAGGAACAAACAGCAUCAAAGUGAUGAUGAAAUUGUGGACCUGUUUCGUUUGGAUAUCACCGAUCCUUUCGCCUUGGGCCAAGCCAUUAUGAAUGGGUACAUCACAUUGUAA